GAGGAACUUCGGAGUGGAGCUGCAGGGUUUGGAUUUCAGAGUUGGGCGAUUUUGGCACUUACAUAAAGAGGACGGUCAUCUAUCCUCCUAAAACGCUACCCGUGUUUUUUACAUGCCCGUCCUUUUAUACACUCUUCUGAGAAACAAUACGACGCAUUAGAAGGUGGCUACACGGAAAAGAUGUACACGGCUGGGCUCAAUCCGUUUUAUGCAUCAAAUUUUAGCCUCUGGUCUGCUUACUGCGCUGGAGGCUUCGCUGUGGAUACAAUGAAGAAACCCUCAUUUUGCAUCGCAGACAUUUUGCAGGCUGGAGAUGCGGAGAACAUCCCGGGAUCGUCGGCCCUCAUGGUGCACAUGGGACACCACCACCGCGCUCAGCAGGCGCACUCCGGCAGCUCUCCGCUGCGCCCGUCUCCCGUGGCGCCGGAGCCGUCAGUGUAUGGAGCCAGGAUGAGUCCGGCGUCUCCGUACCACAGACACGGACUACAACUAACGUCAGUCUCCAGAACGGCAUUUAACUCACAGCAAGCGCCCCCGCCUUCAAGCAAAGAUCUCAAGUUUGGAAUCGAUCGGAUAUUGUCUACGGACUUUGAUCCAAAAUGCAAAGAAAAGUCGUCGCUAAGAGAUCUCACGUCCAUCGUUAGCUCGAACCGUCAGUCAGGCAUCCACGUCCCCGUUCAGCCUCCGGCCAGCCAGUACUUCUCCUCCAUAGACCCGGGGAUGAGCGACGCGUCCGCCAUGAUGAGUUCACUAGGCAGCAGCAGCAGCAGACAAUCAGGCCAGCAUCAGUUUCAGGACACCUUCCCAGGUCCAUAUGCUGUCCUCACAAAAGACACAAUGCCUCAGACGUACAAGAGGAAAAGGUCAUGGUCGAGAGCAGUGUUCUCAAACCUGCAGAGGAAAGGACUCGAGAAGAGAUUUGAAAUACAGAAGUAUGUCACCAAGCCAGACAGAAAACAACUGGCUGCCAUGCUGGGGCUGACAGACGCUCAGGUGAAGGUGUGGUUCCAGAAUAGACGCAUGAAGUGGAGACACUCCAAAGAGGCACAGGCUCAGAAAGACAAGGAGAAGGACGAGAAGUCGGAGAAAAGUCUGUGUGAGUCCGGCAGCAGGGAUCCCAAAGAGCCGACUGAGUCCGAGUGCGAGAGCGAGGCCCGGAGCGAGUGUGAAUCGGACGAGGCGCAGGAAGAAAAAGCUGAUGGACACUUGGACGUUUCUGAGCUGAACAAGACGAGCGUGAUCAUGAACGGCAGCGGCCCGGCGAGCAGCGCGGAGGCAGCAGCGGCCACAGCCACGGACACAGCGGCCUCCCAGGAGCUAAUAUAGAGGCUGCCAGCUGAUCUAGGUCAUGAACAAUAAGAACAAGAACAAGUCUGGUAUUUUUGACAGAAAAACGACAGUGAUGUCCAGACACGCGUGCAGAGGCUGUCGGUGCCCUCAACAGUCAGCUGCAGUGAAACAGGCUGAACACGGCGACGCCGGAGGCAGGAGCCACACCGGGUUCAUCUGUUCAUGUAACACGUAGUUUCAGCCCAGAUACAUACGGCCAUCAUGAUGAAUCCACUGGCUAUUUAAUGUAAAAGACGAACUUUUGGCCGUCUCCAGCUUACUGUCGUUUUUCUGUCAGUGUGCAUCACGUUCUCCUCAUGUGAAGGAAACAUGCGAUUGUGAAUUGUUAGGCUAUGAACCACUCGUUUCACGUUAUAAAUGAAAUCUCACAACAUCACGGCAGUGUUCAUGUGUUUUUUGUUUUUGAUGUAUAGUUGUGCUAUUUUGUUAAUAAUAAUUUGCACUGAUAAUAUUGUAAAUAAAAUGUUUUCUUACUUUGGAAAUCA